AAAAACUCUCUCUUAGAAUUCCAAUAAAAGAAGUUUUCCAGUCGAUGAAGAGCUUAUGGCAGCUGGGCUCUUAUGUUUCUCUCUGUCAAUUCUAAUUCUUUAAGUGGCUUCACUUAUUAUUAUUUUCCCUUUCCAAACCACCCCUCCUUUAAUGUAAUUUUUUUUUUAAAAAAAUUAUUGGUAAUAAUUAAAUAAAUAAUUGUUGCUGAAACGUCUAAUUUUGCAGGAAGAAGCAUUAACAUCAUGACGAAGAAAGCCCCGCCAAUACCCGCGCGCCACGUUAUCUGGUUCGGCUGGAAGCUGGUGAUAUUCUUCUCCGUCGCGCUUUGCCUCGUCGCCCUCCUCAAGCUCCAUUCUCAACCACCCGACCUCUCUUCUUCAGUCGCCUCUCGCUCUAGAUCUCGUAUUUCACGCCCUAACAUCUUCACCGGUCCUCCCAAGAUCGCCUUCCUAUUUCUCGCCCGCCGCAACCUCCCUCUUGAUUUUCUCUGGGGCAAUUUCUUCGAGGAUGCUGACGUCGAGAAAUUUUCAAUUUAUAUCCAUUCCACGCCUGGUUUUGUUUUCGACGAGACUAAUACGAAAUCACAUUUCUUUCGCGGCCGACAAUUGAGGAAUAGUAUCCGGGUGGCAUGGGGAGAAUCCAGUAUGAUCCAAGCAGAAAGGCUGCUGCUUGAAGCAGCUCUUGAGGAUCCGGCAAGUCAAAGAUUUGUUCUCCUCUCUGAUAGUUGUGUUCCUUUGUACAACUUUAGCUAUAUCUACAACUAUGUGAUGGCUUCCCCAAGGAGUUUUGUAGACAGCUUUCUUGAUGCAAAAGAGGGCCGCUACAACCCAAAAAUGUCUCCUAGGAUACCAAAGAACAAAUGGCGAAAAGGAUCUCAGUGGAUCACUUUAGUACGAGAGCAUGCUGAGGUUAUUGUAGACGAUGAAGUUAUCUUUCCAGUCUUCCAAAAAUUUUGCAAGCGGCGCCCACUUCUAGAUGCUAGCAAGGGAAAGAUGAAUGCUAAGCUUCAGAAGCAGCACAAUUGCAUCCCUGAUGAACACUAUGUGCCGACAUUGCUUGCGAUGAGUGAACUUGAAAGUGAACUUGAACGACGAACGCUCACCUAUACCUCAUGGAACUUGUCUGCGACAAAAAUGGAGACUAAAGGUUGGCAUCCAACAACAUUUACCUAUGCAAAUUCGGGCCCUGAAAAAAUCAGAGAAAUAAAGAAUCUGAACCAUGUAUAUUAUGAGACAGAAUUCAGGACAGAGUGGUGCCGUUCUAACUCUACAUCUGUCCCCUGUUUUUUGUUCGCGAGGAAAUUUUCUCAGGCGGCUGCUAUGCGCCUUCUGGGUGAAGGAGUGGUUGGCCGGUUUGGUGCUGCUACAUUGUUAGAUGCACCUCCAUGAUUGGCCAUGUUUUUUUUACAGCUCACUAACCUGUCAACUGACCCACUUGAAAUUAUAGUUUUGGCUACUAGAGGAGGUUCCCUAGAGGUUUAUCAGAUAUAACAUAUACCCAUUGUAAGAGAUGGAUUUUGAUACUUAAGACACCAACAUUUCGUUGCUGCAGCCUGUUCACUGAUGUUUACUGAAGCUGUUGGAAGGUGAGAGAUAGGAAAUUGAAUAGCAUUACUUGUUGCGACCUUGAGAUCAUAUGAAGUAGUAAUAUUUUUUUUCUUGUAGCUAGCAGUGACAUACAGUACAUUGUAUACAUAGUCGAAAGGAUAUUACAAAAAGUGGUAUACUUUUCCUUAA